AUGUAUUUAAUUCCUAGAAACGAACCCCUUGGUAUUCCUAUUGAUGUUCCAGAAGAAAUAGUUAAUAAUGAAAAUGUAGCAGUUAAAACAAUAAAUGGAGAAGAUCCAUUUAAUAUUAUUCGUGAAUUUGGAAAGAAAUAUAUGGGAUUAAAAUGUCCACAUGCACAAUUUACAUUAGCAAAAGAUUAUUUAGUUGAAGGCAGUUUGAGUGGUACACCAUUAUCAAAAGAAUAUUUAAACACACCAAUAAGUAUUACAUGGGAAAAUGGAGAAAGUCUAACAAUUAAUUAUAAGAUAAUUAAAUUUAACAGAUCAAAUCAGAAAUUCCAACAAGCACUUGAAAGAAGUAAGAGAAGAGGAAUAAGAGAUAGACUAAGAAUAGACGAUUUAGAAGAAACAAAUAAAACAAGAACAAAAGAAAAUGAAAAUAAUGAAUAUCAACCAAAUUGUUCUCCUGAAAAUAAAAUAUGUUGUUUAACAACAAGUAACAAAAUAAACACAUUAAUUGUAAAUACUUUUGAUGUUACAGGUAAAAGUGUAACAAAUAAAAUAAAUGAAUUUAUAGAUAAAUUGAAUGAAUGUGUUGAUUUAUUUGAUUCUAAUAAUUAUCCAAUUCAACUCAUAUUCUCAAAGAAUAGUGGAGGUUCAGUACUUCUUUCUAAUGCAAUUGAAAAGAUAUUAUCACCAUAUGAUGAUGUAGAUUACAUUGGAUCAGUAAGAAUAUCAGAUUUCACAGAAGAUAUAAUUAAAAAAUCAUCAUAUAUUGAAUCAAUGUAUGAUCCAGAAACAUGUGAAGAAAGAGAACAAGAAAAUAACCCAAAAACAUUUGGAGAAUGGUAUUCAAAUCCAAAUAUUAUUAAAUAUGGUGAUGUUGAGCAUAAAGUUUCACAACCUUCAAAGAUAAUUUUUGAUAAACUUAUUCAAACACCUUCACUUGGUAUUCAUCAAUUAAAGAAAUUAAUGAAAAACAAAAGAAAACCAACAGAAAUAGUAGUUUAUACAGAUUCAUAUUGUUAUUCUGCUUGUUCAUGGGUAACAAAAGGAUUAAAAGAAUGGGGAGGAGCUAUUAUUGUUGGAUUUGAUGGUGAUCCUAAUGGUAAAGAUGAAGAAUUUGAAGUAGGAUUAUCACCAUCUAAUAAUAUUCCAGAUAUAAAUGAUAUAGAUAAAGAUAAUAUUUUAAAACAAUAUGGAUAUAAUCUUGGAUUAACUGUUAUAGAAACAUACAGAUUUAAUUAUGAAUAUAAUGAAAGUAUUCCUAGAGAAUUUCUAACUGAUAUGAUAGAUGAAAGAGUGAAUAUUUAUCAAUUUGACCAAACAGAAAAAGUGAUUAAAGAGUUUGAAGAAGAGACAAAGAAGAUAAUAGAGAAAUAUCAAACAAAAUGUAAUCCAAAUAAUAAAAGAUUAGUUAAAAGAGAUGAAAAAUGUGAUAAAGAAAUUAAUAUAGAACAUGGACAUGGAGGAUAUGAAUGUGGAGAUAAAGGAGAAUGGAGUACAAAAUGCGUGAUGGCAUAUUGUGAUGAUGGAUACAAGUUUGAUUAUAAUAAUAAUAAAUGCAUUGAAGAUGUAUGUGUUAAUCCACCAACAGAAUCAGAUAAUGGAACACCAAGCAUGACAGUAAACCUAUUCAUGAUAAUAAUUGGAAUAAUCACAUUAAUUCUCUAA